AUGGCUCCCAAGGUUUUUGCAACAGGCACAACUGGCUAUAUCGGAGGUGACGCACUAGUAGAGCUCGUUCAGGCUCAUCCGGACUGGGACAUUACGUGCUCUGUCCGGAACUCGGAGAAAGGAGCCAAGAUCGCCAAGGAAUUUGCACACAUAAAGCUGGUAUAUGGAACUCUGGACGAUGUUGACGUGAUCGAGGAAGAGGCUUCAAAGGCCGAUAUUGUCUACCAUUUUGCAGAUUGCGACCAUAUUCCAUCAGCCGAAGCAAUCAUUCGAGGGCUUGCCCGUCGCGAGACAAGCACACCAGGAUGGUAUAUCCAUACUUCCGGAACAUUGAUUCUGGGAUGGAAGUCUCAGAAGGACAAUACCUUUGGUGAAACUCAAGCAAAAGUGUACAACGACUUAGAUGGUGUGGACGAACUCGUCAACCUGCCUGAUGGCGCAGCACACCGACACGUUGACAAGAUCGUGCUCGCCGCCGCAAAGAACCACCCUGGCAGAAUCAAAACGGCCAUUGUGUGUCCUCCAUGUAUCUGGGGAGGAGGUCGAGGGCCCGGCAAUCAGAGAAGCGUUCAACUGUAUAAAUCUGCUGAAACUAUGCUCAAAAGACAGCAGGGUUUCAUGAUCAAUAAGGGAAAAAACGUGUGGCAUCAUGUUCAUGUCGGAGAUCUAGCAAAGCUGUACCUACUGUUGGGAGAAGCUGCUGUGGCAGGAGGUCCGCCAGCCACAUGGGAUGAUCAAGGAUACUAUCUCGCAGAAAAUGGUAGGUUUGUUUGGGGAGAAAUGCUGACUGCAAUUACGCAAGAGGCUCAGAAACAAGAUCUGUUACCCUCGGCGGCGAUGGAACAACUUGAGCCAAGUGCAGCGCUGGGUCGUUACACAUUUUCCAUUGGUACUGAUUCGCAAGGACAAGCUCUCCGUAGCAGGACAUUGUUAGGAUGGAUGCCGGAGAAAACAACUGCGGACAUGUACCAGGAGAUACCGAAGAUCGUGGAAAGUGAGGCCAAGACACUUGGACUCAUUAAAGGUCAUGCUGAAAAGGUCGCUUCGUAA